AGGAAAGAGGAUUGCGAAUGACAUUGAAUUAAAAGGGGAAAACCAAACAAAAAUAACAAAAAUUCAACGCUCAACGCAAUUUUAAUUUUGUUUGGACGCUGCGCUCGGUGCGUUACCAAACAAAAUGGCUGAGGCGGAAGGUGGCUCCGAGCAGGAUGAUGUUUCAUUCCUGCGUACGGAAGAUAUGGUCACACUGUCCUGCACAGCCACUGGCGAACGUGUAUGCUUGGCCGCCGAAGGAUUUGGCAAUCGACAUUGUUUCCUAGAGAAUAUAGCCGAUAAAAAUGUGCCGCCAGACUUGGCACAGUGUGUGUUCGUAAUUGAGCAAGCCCUGUCGGUGCGUGCCCUCCAGGAGUUAGUCACAGCAGCUGGAUCAGAGACAGAUAGUCAAGUUGGUAAAGGUACUGGAUCCGGCCAUAGAACUCUUCUGUAUGGUAACGCCAUAUUAUUGAGGCACCACAAUAGCGACAUGUACUUGGCUUGCCUGUCUACGUCGUCGUCGAACGAUAAGUUGUCAUUCGAUGUGGGUCUUCAGGAACACAGCCAGGGCGAGGCCUGUUGGUGGACCGUUCAUCCAGCUAGUAAACAACGUUCGGAGGGUGAGAAGGUGCGCGUCGGUGAUGAUUUGAUUCUGGUUUCGGUGGCCACGGAGCGUUAUCUGCACACGACCAAGGAGAACGAACAAUCGAUUGUCAAUGCCAGUUUCCAUGUCACCCACUGGUCUGUGCAACCCUACGGUACAGGCAUAUCCCGCAUGAAGUAUGUGGGAUAUGUCUUUGGUGGUGAUGUACUGCGUUUCUUUCACGGCGGUGAUGAAUGUCUUACUAUACCUAGUACAUGGGGCCGUGAAGCAGGUCAAAAUAUUGUGGUUUAUGAAGGCGGUGUGGUCAUGGCACAAGCGCGAUCCCUAUGGCGCUUGGAGUUGGCGCGAACGAAAUGGACAGGCGGAUUCAUCAAUUGGUACCACCCUAUGCGGAUACGUCACAUCACAACGGGACGCUAUUUGGGCGUUAACGAUAAUAACGAAUUAAUAUUGGUGAAGAAAGAGGAGGCUUCUAUUGCCACGACGACUUUCUGCCUACGGCAGGAAAAAGACGACGAGAAGAAAGUGCUCGAGGACAAAGACUUAGAAGUAAUUGGUUCCCCAAUCAUUAAGUAUGGUGACACCACGGUCAUCGUCCAGCACUGCGAGUCUAGUUUAUGGCUCAGUUACAAGAGCUACGAGACGAAAAAGAAGGGUGUGGGCAAGGUUGAAGAGAAGCAAGCCAUAUUGCACGAGGAGGGUAAAAUGGACGAUUGCUUGGACUUUUCGCGAUCCCAGGAGGAAGAGUCAAAAACAGCUCGAGUUAUUCGCAAAUGCAGCAGCCUAUUCACACAGUUUAUAACUGCAUUGGAGACAUUGCAAUCAAAUCGCAGGCACUCCAUAUUCUUUCAAAAAGUUAAUCUCAACGAGAUGGUCAUGUGCCUCGAAGAUUUAAUCAACUAUUUCUCUCAGCCAGAAGACGACAUGGAACACGAAGAAAAACAAAACCGUUUUCGUGCCUUGCGCAAUAGACAGGAUUUGUUUCAAGAGGAGGGCGUCCUUAAUCUCAUAUUGGAAGCCAUUGACAAAAUAAACAUAAUUACUUCCCAAGGCUUUCUGGCUAGUUUUCUGGCUGGUGAUGAGACCGGCCAGAGCUGGGAUCUCAUCUCCACCUACCUAUAUCAACUUUUGGCGGCCAUUAUCAAAGGCAAUCACACAAAUUGUGCUCAGUUUGCGAAUAGCAAUCGCUUGAACUGGUUGUUUUCGCGUCUUGGAUCACAAGCUUCCAGUGAAGGUUCCGGCAUGCUAGACGUAUUACAUUGUGUCCUGAUCGAUUCGCCAGAGGCACUGAACAUGAUGCGAGAUGAGCACAUCAAAGUGAUCAUAUCACUGCUAGAAAAACAUGGACGUGAUCCUAAGGUUCUGGACGUACUUUGUUCCCUGUGCGUGGGUAACGGCGUUGCAGUUCGAUCUUCGCAAAACAACAUAUGUGACUUUUUGUUACCCGGCAAAAAUUUGCUGCUCCAAACAUUGCUGGUUGAUCAUGUGGCAAGCAUUCGCCCAAAUAUCUUUGUGGGACGCGUUGAAGGAUCAUCAAUGUACCAGAAAUGGUACUUUGAGGUAACAAUGGAUCACAUUGAGCAAACAACACACAUGAUGCCACACCUGCGCAUUGGUUGGGCCAACACUUCCGGAUACGUACCGUAUCCCGGUGGCGGCAAAAAAUGGGGUGGUAAUGGUGUUGGCGACGAUCUCUAUUCAUUCGGAUUUGAUGGCGCCUAUUUGUGGACGGGUGGACGUAAAACUUUAGUAGCAAAUUCACUCCCUGAGGAACCGUUCAUUAGAAAAGGUGAUGUUGUAGGCGUGGCAAUAGAUUUGUCAGUACCUGUAAUCACAUUCACCUUCAAUGGCGGCAGAGUGCGCGGAUGUUUUCGGGAUUUUAACCUGGAUGGCAUGUUCUUUCCAGUAAUGAGUUGCUCGUCGAAAUUAAGUUGUCGUUUUCUCUUCGGCGGCGACCAUGGACGCUUAAAGUUUUCUCCGCCUAUGGGCUUCUCACCCCUCGUGCAAUGCCUAAUGCCUCAUCAGAUUUUAAGUUUAGAUCCUUGCUUUUAUUUUGGAAAUUUAAACAAGAAUGUACUUGCUGGUCCCUGGCUCAUUGAGGAUGACACAGCUUUUGUGCCCAAUCCCGUCGAUACAACGGGAGUAACGUUGCCAAGUUCAGUGGACCAAAUCAAGGAAAAACUAGCUGAGAACAUACACGAAAUGUGGGCGCUAAAUAAAAUUGAGGCUGGAUGGGCCUGGGGCGAGCAUCGUGAUGACUAUCAACGCAUCCAUCCAUGUCUAACUCAUUUUGAAAAGCUACCUGCUGCUGAAAAACGCUAUGACAAUCAAUUGGCGGUGCAGACUUUAAAAACGAUCAUAUCCUUGGGCUAUUAUAUAACCAUGGAUAAGCCACCAGCACGCAUUCGUCCGGUGCGUUUGCCAAAUGAGAUCUUCAUGCAGGGCAAUGGCUACAAGCCGGCACCGCUCGACCUAAGCGCGGUCACACUAACACCAAAGCUUGAGGAGCUGGUGGAUCAGUUGGCCGAAAAUACGCACAACUUGUGGGCUCGGGAACGUAUUCAACAGGGCUGGACGUAUGGCCUUAACGAGGACUCUGAAAAUCAUCGCAGCCCCCAUUUGGUGCCCUACUCCAAAGUCGACGAGGCCAUUAAGAAGGCAAAUCGUGAUACCGCAUCAGAAACUGUGCGCACCUUGUUAGUCUAUGGCUAUAUUUUGGAUCCGCCAACCGGCGAAGGCACGGAAGCUCUGCUAGCUGAGGCCCAGCGGCUAAAAUUCGCUGCAUUCAGAACGUACCGUGUAGAACGAAACUAUGCAGUCACCUCUGGCAAAUGGUAUUUCGAAUUUGAGGUGCUAACAUCAGGGCCCAUGCGGGUAGGCUGGGCGCGAGCUGAUUGUUAUCCUGGGGCAAUGCUGGGUAGCGAGGAUACCAGCUGGGCUUUUGAUGGCCACAAUGUAACAAAAAUGCAUGCCGGAUCCAUUGAGCACUUUGGUGUGCGCUAUGAAGCUGGUGACGUCAUUGGUUGUUUCAUCGAUGCUAAGGAGCAAACCAUCAGCUUCUCAUUGAACGGUGAACUGCUUAUGGAUGCCCUGGGAGGAGAGACAACAUUUGCGGAUGUUACUGCCGAGGGCGUCGGCUUUGUACCCGCCUGCACCUUAGGCGUGGGUCAAAAGGCGCGUCUUAUUUAUGGUCAGGAUGUUGACUCUCUUAAGUUUUUCACCAGCUGUGGCUUGCAAGAGGGCUACGAACCGUUCUGUGUCAAUAUGCGUCGACCGGUUACACAUUGGUAUACCAAAGAUCAGCCUAUUUUUGAAAACACAGAGGAAAUGCCGGACUGUCGUAUUGAUGUCACACGCAUUCCUGGCGGCGCCGACACACCGCCUCACCUCAAAAUCUCCCACAAUACUUUCGAGACAAUGGAAAAGGCUAACUGGGAGUUCCUACGCCUUUCCUUGCCCGUAACCUGCAUGAGUGAGUUUAUAAGCGAGCAGGAGAAGGCCCGGCGUUGGGAAGACGUCAAAAUUCGCCAAUAUCGCCUGAUGCGUGAGGCGCAAGAAGCAGCAGCACAGCAGCAAGCACAGACCGCAGCUCAUAUGGAUCACAUGCUGAAGAGCGGCUUUAAUAUGAAUGACAUCAAAGGAUUAACGCGUACUUACGACGAUCAUGCUGAUCCAGAAGCCGAGCAUACGCUGCGAGGACCUUCAAGACCGCCACGUAAGGGUUCCUUGACGCGCAACAUAACAUUUGAAACAGAUAUGACAGCUGCCUUGGAUGAAAUGCAACGCUCAUCAUCUGUGCUUGAUAUGAACGGUUUGGGCGAAGAGAUAGAUGAUAAAAAGAAACGCGGUCGCAGUCCAUUUAAGUUCUUCUCAAAGAAGUCUCGUGACCAAAGCCGCGAAAAAAUGUCCACUAGGACUAUGGAUGUGCCAUUGGAACGCAGAAAUACUGUUGCACAUGGUAGAAAUGUUGUUAACCAGCAAAUGACAACCAGAACGCCAACAUUGCGCCUAAACAAUGCUGAGAUACCACCCAGUCCUGUACAGCAGGGUCCAAAGCAGCUAAGUGCUCAAAAUUUGGGUCAGCCACCCGUCGAGUCUUCGGGCGAUGAAAUGUUUGAUGCCGAAUGCCUCAAACUCAUAAACGAAUACUUCUAUGGAGUGCGCAUUUUCCCUGGUCAAGAUCCUACCCACGUGUACGUGGGCUGGGUAACCACACAAUAUCACCUGCAUAGUCAUGAGUUUAACAAAAAUAAAGUUCGCCGCGGCUCGGUCUACAUUGAGGAUGAAUAUGAAGUACCAAUAGAGCGGAUCGAUCGUCAGAGCUGUUACGUGGUGCGCGCGGAUGAACUGUUUAAUGAGGUCACUCAAGAUGCCUCUGGUAAGGGAGCGUCUCAGGGAAUGUUUGUGGGUUGUUUUGUGGACACGGCCACUGGCAUUAUUCGCUUUACAUGCGAGGGUAAAGAUACCUCACAUCGCUGGAUGAUGGAACCGGAUUCAAAACUGUUUCCAGCCAUUUUCGUUGAAGCUACUAGCAAAGAAAUUCUACAAAUUGAACUAGGACGGACUCCUACCACAUUGCCACUGUCAGCUGCUGUUCUUCCUACCAGUGACAAGCAUAUCAACCCACAGUCGCCUCCACGUCUGAAGGUACAGUGCCUUCGUCCACAUCAGUGGGCACGUGUUCCCAACACCUCGCUACAGGUUCAUGCGCUCAAACUAUCCGAUAUUCGCGGUUGGUCAAUGCUCUGUGAAGAUCCGGUCUCUAUGCUGGCUUUGCACAUACCCGAGGAGGAUCGUUGCAUUGAUAUUUUAGAGCUUAUUGAGAUGGAUAAACUACUCUCGUUUCAUGCGCACACUCUUACACUCUAUGCUGCGCUCUGUUAUCAGUCCAAUUACCGUGCUGCGCAUGCGCUUUGCCAACAUGUUGAUCAGAAACAGCUACUCUAUGCCAUACGUUCGGAAUAUAUGAGCGGUCCUCUGCGCCAGGGUUUCUAUGACUUACUCAUAGCCCUGCAUCUUGAAUCACAUGCCACUACAAUGGAAGUUUGUAAGAAUGAGUAUAUUACACCUUUAGGUACCGAGCUGAAGGAAUUAUAUGCCGAGGAGGAGAUGCGACACUCUUUGCGCUCGCUCGUCACAGAGUCUGUACGUCCUCAGCUGCGCAUGACAGAGAUCACACCCCCUGUGAUUGCAACAUCUAGUAUGCCAAGUGUUUCCAGUGAACCAAUACCCGACAUCGACCAAUUGUACUCCCCGAAGUUCCCAUUAGAAGUAGUCAGGGAAUUCGUAAUGGAGGCUUUAAAAGAUGCCGUGGAAAUCAAUCAGGUGCAUAAUCGCGAUCCCAUCGGUUGGACCAAUGAGAAUUUAUUUUUGCCUCUCAUUAAACUAACGGAUCGUUUGCUUCUGGUUGGUGUGCUCACUGACGAAGACGUACAAAAGCUUUUAGUUAUGGUGGACCCAGAAACUUGGGAUACGACAUUCGAAAGAGAUGGCAAAGAUGAACACCGUAAGGGUCUGUUAACCAUGAAAAUGGCCGAGGGAGCUAAACUGCAAAUGUGUUAUCUCUUACACCAUCUCUACGAUACACAGCUACGUCAUCGUGUCGAGAGCAUAAUUGCGUUCUCCCAUGAUUUUGUAGGUGAUCUUCAAACCGAUCAGUUGCGUCGUUAUAUCGAGAUCAAACAGUCCGAUUUGCCAAGUGCUGUUGCGGCCAAAAAGACAAAAGAAUUCCGUUGUCCGCCUAGAGAACAAAUGAAUCAGAUUCUAUGCUUUAAGAAUCUUGAAGCUGAUGAUCAAGAUAAUUGUACGUGUGGUCUUGAGCUACGCAGUCGCUUGGGCGAUUUCCACGAUAGCCUUAUGCAAAAGGUGUCGCUGAAUGCACUACAAGAGCCAGAUGGAGUCGAAAGUACUGCGGUCGAAGAGGUUAAGACGGGUCCCAUAACAAAAAUAUAUAAUUUUAUUAAUACCGUCAAGGAACUGGAGGAAGGACCCAAAGAAGUGGAGGAGCCUGAGAAAAAAACACCCGAAGAAGUUUUCCGCAAGGUUUUGAUCAAAACCAUUGUCAGCUGGGCUGAAGAAACACAAAUUGAAAAUCCGAAAUUAGUGCGUGAAAUGUUCAGUCUGUUAGUGAGACAAUAUGAUACUGUAGGUGAAUUAGCGCGCGCCCUCGAGAAGACCUAUGUGAUCAACAAUCGUGCCCGAGAUGAUGUUGCAGAAAUGUGGGUGGGAUUGAGUCAAAUACGAGCUCUAUUGCCUGUGCAAAUGAGCCAAGAGGAAGAAGAAUUGAUGCGCAAAAGACUCUGGAAGCUGGUUAAUAAUGCCACAUUCUUCCAACACCCAGACCUAAUACGCAUAUUGCGCAUACAUGAAAACGUCAUGGCUGUCAUGAUGAACACGCUGGGUCGUCGUGCCCAAGCCCAAAGUGAUGCACCCACUCAAACAGAGGGAGCUGAAGGUAUACCUUCGAAGGAGAAAGACACAUCACACGAAAUGGUUGUGGCCUGUUGUCGUUUCCUCUGCUACUUCUGCCGCACAGGCCGGCAGAAUCAGAAGGCCAUGUUUGAUCACUUCGAUUUUCUACUGGACAACGCUAAUAUAUUAUUGGCUCGGCCCAGUCUGCGUGGCUCUACUCCGCUCGAUGUGGCAUAUUCGAGCUUGAUGGAGAACACAGAAUUAGCUCUGGCACUUAGGGAGCACUACCUGGAAAAAAUUGCUGUUUAUCUAUCACGCUGCGGUCUUCAAAGCAAUUCUGAACUUGUAGAAAAGGGUUAUCCUGACUUGGGUUGGGAUCCUGUUGAGGGUGAACGUUAUUUGGACUUUUUGCGCUAUUGCGUUUGGGUUAACGGCGAGAGUGUCGAAGAGAAUGCCAACCUUGUCAUUCGUCUUCUUAUCCGUCGUCCAGAAUGCUUGGGACCGGCUCUAAGAGGAGAAGGGGAAGGUCUCUUCCGUGCAAUCGUUGAGGCCAACCGCAUGUCAGAGCGUAUCUCAGAUCGUUGUAAGAUGCAAGACGAAGCCGAGGGCACUAUAGUCGGCCUGAAUUUUACACAUCCUCUACCCGAAGGUGAAGAGGAUGAGGAUUAUAUUGAUACGGGCGCUGCCAUUCUAAACUUCUAUUGUACACUUGUGGAUCUUUUGGGCAGAUGUGCUCCGGAUGCUACUGUCAUCGAGCAGGGUAAAAACGAAUCUUUGAGAGCUAGAGCUAUUUUGAGAUCUCUGGUGCCACUGGAAGACCUUCAGGGUGUGCUCAGUUUAAAAUUUACACUUACACAAACGGCGCCUGGCGAGGAGAAGCCGAAAUCGGAUAUGCCCUCGGGCCUAUUGCCAAAUAAUAAGCAGAGUAUUGUGCUCUUUUUGGAACGUGUGUAUGGCAUUGAAACGCAGGAUCUGUUUUAUCGCCUGCUGGAAGAUGCAUUUUUGCCUGAUUUACGCACAGCGACUAUAUUGGACAAGAGUGAUGGGUCUGAGAGCGAUAUGGCCCUGGCUAUGAAUCGCUACAUCGGCAACUCCAUAUUGCCUUUAUUGAUUAAGCACUCUAAAUUUUAUAACGAGGCCGAAAACUAUGCUAGUCUCUUGGAUGCUACGCUGCACACGGUCUAUAGGUUAUCCAAGAACCGUAUGCUCACCAAGGGUCAACGUGAAGCUGUAUCCGAUUUCUUAGUGGCGCUAACAUCACAAAUGCAACCUGCCAUGUUAUUAAAACUAUUGCGCAAGUUGACUGUUGAUGUUUCUAAGCUAUCAGAGUACACGACGGUAGCGCUCAGGUUGCUCACACUUCACUUCGAUCGCUGCGCAAAGUACUAUGGCUCGACGCAAGGCCAAGGCUCAUAUGGAGCAUCGUCAGACGAAGAAAAACGUCUUACAAUGCUUUUGUUCUCUAACAUUUUUGACUCGCUCAGCAACAUGGACUAUGACCCGGAGCUGUUCGGUAAGGCACUUCCGUGCCUCAUUGCAAUCGGCUGUGCAUUGCCACCCGAUUACAGUUUAUCCAAGAACACAGACGAGGAUUAUUAUGGCAGGCAAAUGGGCGCACCAGAUCAGCCACAAUAUGUGCCCUGCCCCAUCGAUACGACUAAUGUUCAUUUGGAUAAUGAUCUAAAUUCCCUAGUGCAUAAGUUUAGUGAACAUUACCAUGAUGCUUGGGCCAGUCGUCGCUUGGAAGGUGGCUGGACAUAUGGUGAAAUACGGUCCGAUAACGAUCGUAAACAUCCACGCUUGAAGCCCUGCAAUAUGCUCAGUGAAUAUGAACGCGAGCGCUAUCGUGAUCCAGUUCGUGAGUGCCUCAAGGGACUGCUAGCAAUUGGUUGGACAGUGGAGCACCAGGAAAUGGAUGUGCCACUAAAUCAUCGAGGAUCUACACGUCGUCAGUCGAAGCCUCAAAUUAAUGAUUUUCAGAACGAGGGCAAUCCAUUCAACUAUAACCCUCAUCCCGUCGAUAUGAGCAAUCUGACGCUGAGCAGGGAGAUGCAAAAUAUGGCUGAACGUUUGGCAGAAAAUUCUCACGACAUUUGGGCGAAGAAAAAGAACGAGGAACUUAAUGGAUGUGGCGGUGUCAUACAUCCCCAACUGGUUCCAUAUGAUCUGCUAACUGAUAAGGAGAAAAAGAAGGAUCGCGAGCGCUCACAGGAGUUCUUGAAAUACAUGCAGUAUCAGGGAUACAAGUUGCACAAACCAUCCAAAGGUGGUGCCGUUGAAGAGGGUGGCGCCACACAAGCUGCCGUUGAGCUGCGAUUCUCGUAUUCGUUGCUUGAAAAACUCAUACAAUAUCUGGAUCGAGCUACGAUUAACAUGAAGUUGCUUAAGCCUUCGACCACCUUCAGCCGUCGCACCUCAUUCAAAACCGCUUCCCGUGAUAUUAAGUUCUUCUCUAAAGUGGUACUGCCACUCAUGGAAAAAUAUUUCUCCACACAUCGCAAUUACUUCAUAGCCAUUGCCACGGCUACGAACAACAUAGGCGCAGCCUCAUUAAAGGAAAAAGAAAUGGUGGCUUCCAUAUUUUGCAAAUUAGCAGCCCUAUUACGUAACCGUCUGAGUGCCUUUGGACCUGAUGUGCGUAUAACCGUACGUUGCUUACAGGUGCUCGUCAAAGGCAUCGACGCCAGGACACUAACCAAAAAUUGUCCAGAAUUUAUACGCACAUCGAUGUUGACGUUCUUUAAUCAAACAUCUGAUGACUUAGGUAAUACAAUAUUGAACUUGCAAGAUGGAAAGUACAGUCACUUACGUGGCACCCAUUUAAAAACCUCGACAUCUCUGGGCUAUGUCAAUCAGGUGGUGCUGCCGGUGCUGACGGCCAUGUUUGAUCAUUUGGCUUCUUGCGAUUAUGGAAGCGAUUUAUUGCUAGACGAAAUUCAGGUGGCAUCAUACAAAAUACUUGCUGCUCUCUAUCAUCUGGGGACGGACGCAACCUUAACCCACGAACGAAAGUAUCUGAAAACGGAAAUUGAACGUCACCGACCAGCAUUGGGCUCAUGCCUAGGCGCUUACAGCAGUUGCUUUCCUGUAGCCUUUCUAGAGCCGCAUCUAAACAAGCAUAAUCAGUAUUCUCUACUGAAUCGUAUUGCCGACCAUUCGCUCGAGGCGCAAGACAUUAUGGUAAAAAUGGAAAGUUGCAUGCCGAAUUUGGAGACCAUACUGAGCGAAGUCGAUCAAUUCGUUGAGUCAGAAAAAACGUAUAACGACGCACCUCACAUUAUUGAUGUUAUAUUGCCCUUGCUAUGCGCCUAUCUUCCGUUCUGGUGGUCUCAGGGGCCCGAUAACGUCAGUCCCACCAGUGGCAACCAUGUGACAAUGGUGACUGCAGAUCACAUGAACUCAUUGCUGCGCAAUGUUCUGAAAAUGAUUAAGAAGAACAUUGGCAACGACAAUGCUCCCUGGAUGACACGUAUUGCGGCUUGCACCCAACAAAUUAUUAUUAAUACCUCUGAAGAGCUGCUCAAGGAUCCAUUUUUGCCGCUGGCCGAGCGCGUUAAGAAACGCACCGAUAACAUGAUGCACAAGGAGGAAAGCAUGAGAGGCUUCAUCAAAUCGGCCACCGACGAUACAUCGCAGGUGGAGACCCAACUGCAGGAGGAUUGGAAUUUGCUUGUUCGCGACAUUUAUUCCUUCUAUCCCUUGUUGAUCAAGUACGUGGACUUGCAGCGUAAUCACUGGCUCAAGGACAAUAUACCAGAGGCGGAAGAGCUGUACAAUCACGUUGCCGAAAUAUUUAAUAUUUGGUCCAAGAGUCAAUAUUUCUUGAAGGAAGAGCAGAACUUUAUAUCUGCCAAUGAAAUAGAUAAUAUGGCAUUGAUAAUGCCAACAGCGACGCGCCGCUCGGCCAUCACGGAAGGCGUACCGGUGGUGGGUGGUAAAGUGAAGAAGAAAAAGAAGAAUCGCGAUAAGAAACGUGAUAAGGACAAGGAGGUACAGGCCAGUCUUAUGGUUGCCUGCUUGAAACGCUUACUGCCUGUUGGCCUGAAUUUGUUUGCGGGUCGAGAGCAGGAACUGGUGCAGCAUUGCAAGGAUCGGUAUCUCAAAAAAAUGCCCGAAUAUGACGUCAUAGAGUUUGCAAGAAAUCAGUUAACAUUGCCAGAUAAGCUAGAUCCAUCCGAUGAAAUGUCCUGGCAGCAUUAUCUAUACUCAAAGCUUGGCAAAACCGAAGAGCCUGUGCCGGACUUGGCUUUGGAGAAAGCCAGCGUCAAUUCGAACGAAAAGGGGAAAGACAAGACGCAGGAGACUGUUGAUCGCAUUGUUGCUAUGGCCAAAGUCCUUUUCGGCUUACAUAUGGCAGCCGGCGCCAAGAACAGGGCCAAACGCUGGGGCUCUAAAAUUUCGGUGGCACGUCGCCAGGCAGUUAUAUCAAGCUUACGCGCCAAGCAUCUAUAUCGCAUGAGCAGACAUCGUGCUUGCAACAUAUUUGCACGCAGCUACUAUGAGCAGUGGCUGCAGGAGGAAAAUGUUGGCCAGGAGAUAAUGAUUGAGGAUCUAACGCAAACAUUCGAGGAAUCUGAAAAGUCCAAGAAGGAUGAGGAGGAAACCGAAGGAAAAUCCGAUCCUUUGACUCAACUGGUCACCACAUUCUGUCGCGGUGCAAUGACGGAGCGUAGUGGUGCUCUACAAGAGGAUUUGCUGUACAUGUCCUAUGCACAAAUUGCAGCCAAGUCUUGUGGCGAGGAAGAGGAGGAAGGUGGUGAUGAGGAGGGUGGUGAGGGUGGCGAAGAGGGCGAGGGCACCAGCAUUCACGAACAAGAAAUGGAGAAACAGAAGCUACUUUUCCAUCAAGCCCGUCUCUCCAAUCGUGGCGUUGCUGAAAUGGUGCUGUUGCACAUUUCCGCCUCCAAAGGUAUACCUUCGGAGAUGGUAAUGACAACACUCAAUUUGGGCAUUGCCAUAUUACGGGGCGGUAAUAUUGACAUUCAAAUGGGAAUGUUGAACCAUUUAAAGGAGAAAAAGGACGUGGGUUUCUUUACAUCGAUUGCCGGACUCAUGAACUCGUGCAGCGUACUUGACUUGGAUGCGUUCGAACGUAACACCAAAGCAGAGGGUCUGGGUGUUGGCUCCGAAGGCGCAGCGGGUGAGAAGAAUAUGCACGAUGCCGAGUUCACGUGUGCUCUGUUCCGAUUCAUCCAACUAACCUGUGAAGGUCACAAUCUGGAAUGGCAGAACUAUUUGCGAACCCAGGCCGGAAAUACCACCACAGUCAAUGUGGUCAUCUGUACUGUGGACUAUUUGCUGCGACUACAGGAAUCUAUAAUGGACUUUUAUUGGCAUUACUCCAGCAAAGAGAUCAUAGAUCCCGCUGGCAAAGCAAACUUUUUCAAGGCCAUUGGCGUGGCUAGUCAAGUCUUUAACACACUUACUGAGGUCAUACAGGGUCCAUGUACACUGAAUCAACAGGCAUUGGCUCAUUCCAGAUUAUGGGAUGCCGUAGGAGGCUUUCUUUUCCUGUUUUCGCAUAUGCAAGAUAAGCUUUCAAAACACUCGAGCCAGGUGGAUUUGUUGAAGGAGCUAUUAAAUUUGCAAAAGGACAUGAUUACCAUGAUGUUAUCCAUGCUGGAGGGCAAUGUCGUCAACGGAACCAUUGGCAAGCAAAUGGUUGAUACUCUAGUGGAAUCUGCAAGCAAUGUGGAACUAAUCCUGAAGUACUUCGACAUGUUCCUGAAACUGGCCGAUCUUGUUGAGUCUCCAAGCUUCCAUGAAAUCGACAUUAAAAAUGAGGGCUGGGUUACGCCCAAAGAUUUCAGAGACAAAAUGGAGCAAUCCAAGAACUACACACCGGAAGAAAUGGAUUUCCUUUUGGCUUGUUGCGAACGCAAUCAUGAAGGCAAAAUUGAUUACGGCGCCUUUGUGGACCGUUUCCAUGAGCCAUCAAAGGAGAUCGGUUUCAACUUGGCCGUUCUUCUUACCAAUUUGAGUGAGCAUAUGCCUAAUGAGCCGCGCUUGGCACGUUUCCUGGAAACCGCUGGCUCGGUGCUCAACUAUUUCGAGCCGUUCCUUGGACGCAUUGAAAUUCUGGGUAGCUCGAAACGCAUCGAACGUGUUUACUUCGAGAUCAAGGACUCAAACAUUGAGCAAUGGGAGAAACCUCAGAUUCGCGAAUCGAAACGUGCUUUCUUCUAUUCCAUUGUGACCGAAGGUGAUAAGGAGAAACUUGAGGCCUUUGUCAAUUUCUGCGAGGAUGCCAUUUUUGAAAUGACACAUGCUUCGGGCCUAAUGGCCACUGACGAUGGUGGUAGCAAUGUUAAGCGUGAUACUGCCUACAGUUCUUAUAUGAGUGAAGAAGAGGAGGAACGUGCUGCCCGGGAUCCCAUUAGACGCACAAUAACCGCCGUUAAGGAGGGUCUGAAAUUCGGCGUUCAUAUGCUCAGUCCAUCGAACAUAAAGCAUCAGAUAGGAGUUAUGCAAACCAAAUCUGUACCCGAACUCAUAAUAGGGUUCUUUAAAAUUAUAUUCUAUAUGUUCUACUAUACUGGCUAUGCGCACUUCUGUGUAGUGCGCUACAUCUUUGGAAUACUGUUGAAUCUCAUGCGCGGUCCAGCACCAGAACAGGAGGAGGAGCCCGUUGUAGAGGAGGAAACAUUUGGACGAGCACUACCACCGCUGCCUCUGGAAGAACCGCCAGGCACUGUUCAAGCAUUUGGUCUAGACAUGACCAAAGAGGAGAAUGGCAUGUAUAAGGUGGUCGUUCAUGAAUCACCGGCUGGCAGUGCUAAUUCAUCCAUGGAGGAAGCUGAAUCUAGUCCAGAGGACGCCGCUGCUGCUUCUGGUGAGCUCAUUGAAGGAGAACCACAUCAGGAGCCCGUAUCAAUAGUCGAUAUGCUCGGAGGAGAAGCAGCAAAGAAGGCAGCCCAAGAGCGUCAAGAGGCACAAAAGGCUCAAGAGGCAGCUAUGGCUUCGAUUGAAGCGGAGGCCAAGAAAUCGUCGGCAGCACCACAAGAAACACCUGCUGUCAACCAGAUUGACUUCUCCCAGUACACACAUCGCGCCGUCAGUUUCUUAGCCCGAAACUUUUACAACCUAAAAUAUGUGGCUUUAGUCCUAGCCUUCAGCAUAAAUUUCAUGCUGCUCUUUUACAAGGUAACCUCAUUGGCGGAGGAAGGCGAAAGCUCUGGCGAGGAGGAAUUGAUAUUGGGAUCUGGCUCUGGUGGUGGCGCUGAUGUUGCAGGCUCUGGCCUAGGCGGCUCUGGUGAUGGCGGCUCCGGCGAUGGUGAAAUGGACGAGGAUGAUAUUCCGGAACUGGUGCAUGUCGAUGAGGACUUCUUCUAUAUGGCACACGUUAUACGCAUUGCCGCUUUGUUGCAUUCUCUUGUCUCUUUAGCCAUGCUGAUUGCAUACUAUCAUCUAAAGGUUCCAUUAGCGAUAUUCAAACGCGAGAAAGAAAUUGCACGUCGUUUGGAAUUCGAUGGUCUCUUUAUUGCGGAGCAGCCAGAAGAUGAUGACUUUAAAUCGCAUUGGGAUAAACUUGUCAUAUCGGCCAAAAGUUUUCCCGUCAACUAUUGGGACAAGUUUGUUAAGAAGAAGGUGCGCCAAAAGUAUAGCGAAACCUAUGACUUUGACUCCAUCUCAAAUCUGUUGGGCAUGGAGAAGAGUGCCUUCACGGCACAAGAAAGCGAAGAGACGGGCAUAUUAAAGUACAUAAUGAACAUUGAUUGGCGCUAUCAGGUGUGGAAGGCAGGCGUUACAUUCACGGACAACGCUUUCCUCUACUCGCUCUGGUACUUCUCCUUCUCUGUGAUGGGCAACUUCAAUAACUUCUUCUUUGCCGCCCACUUACUCGAUGUUGCCGUUGGCUUCAAAACCCUGCGCACCAUCCUCCAGUCUGUGACACACAACGGCAAACAACUAGUUCUGACGGUCAUGCUGCUCACAAUUAUAGUAUACAUAUACACGGUUAUUGCUUUCAACUUCUUCCGGAAGUUCUACAUACAAGAGGAGGACGAGGAAGUCGACAAAAAGUGCCAUGACAUGUUGACGUGCUUCGUAUUCCAUUUGUACAAAGGUGUGCGGGCAGGCGGCGGCAUUGGCGAUGAAAUUGGCGAUCCGGAUGGAGAUGACUACGAGGUCUAUCGCAUCAUCUUUGACAUCACAUUCUUCUUCUUCGUUAUUAUUAUCCUGCUGGCCAUUAUUCAAGGUUUGAUUAUUGACGCUUUCGGUGAGCUGCGUGAUCAACUGGAAUCGGUGAAGGAUAACAUGGAAUCGAAUUGCUUUAUUUGCGGCAUGGGAAAAGACUUUUUCGAUAUAGUACCGCAUGGAUUUGAUACGCAUGUACAGAAGGAGCACAAUUUGGCCAAUUAUAUGUUCUUCCUGAUGCAUUUGAUUAAUAAGCCGGACACAGAGUAUACCGGCCAAGAAACGUAUGUUUGGAAUAUGUAUCAGCAGCGUAGCUGGGACUUCUUCCCGGUUGGUGAUUGCUUCCGUAAGCAAUAUGAAGACGAGCUAUCUGGCGGCGGUGGUGGAGGCUAGGCCGGUCAGGCAAGCAUUUUUUAAUAGAUCGGUCUUUGGGCAGUUUUGAAAACAUCGAUAAUCAUCAAGUGCCAGCAUCAAGUGCUUAUACAUUUUUAAUUAUCUUGACGUUUUCCUAGUCAAUUUUUUAAACGUAAUUUUAGUAUGUAUAUUUACACAAACAUACAUAUAUAUGUACGUACACCUAACUAUAUAUGUAUGUAUGCCGAAUUGUACUUAAUAUGACAAUGAAUUUGAUUUUAAAUAAA